AUGAAAGCAGCAAACGGGUGGAGGCAGAGGACGGAUGGGUCUCGGUUGUGUUUUAACAAUUUUCUGCUCAUAUUUGCCAACUAUACAUAUCCACAUAGGCAUAUUCAAAUUCCAUACAGACGCUCUCCACGUUUAGCCGCUCGAGAGGAACGCGACAUCGACUCCUUGGGUACACUUGUACAGGAAAUACCUCCAAAAACACGCGAGUACUUGGGAACGGGGUAG